GCACACAGUUUGUAUAGGAAAUCUUCUAAGGCCAGCAAGCUUCAUUGCUACUCAGAGAAGACUUCUUCCUUCAUCCCUCCAUCUAGCUUCAUUCCACGGAGUCGCACACUCAGUAGCAGCCAGCAGCCGCCAUCAGGCCGUCCAGCCAAUGGGCUCUACCAGCCUGACCUGGCUCCUGGCGAUCAGGGAGAAUGGACUCAAAGGAACAGCAAUGCUCGCUACCCAGCCUGGUCAUUCCCAAGGAGCAAGUCAUUGUUUUGUUUGCCCACUGGAGGAACAACCUCUGACUCCUUGCCCGUGGCUGGACCACUCUGGCUUUUAAACAGAGGUUCCCCAGCUGUAGAGGAAUCUGAACCGAAACAGAACCCCAAGCUAUCUGUUGAUGACUUAGAGGGUGCUCAAGAAACUGAUGUGGACACAGGCCUAAAACUUUCUUUCUCGGACUUGUCUGUGGUCUCAGCCUAUUCAGCUCCUAGUGGGUUUUGUAAUAAUUUGGAAACUUUCCUCCCUCCAAGAAAAUGUCAGCCCCAUUGGCCAAAGCAGGGAGCUUCCAAAGGAAGGCCACUGUCUGCUUCAAGUGGUGUGCCGGCAGAGGCCUCCUGCACAUCCCUUUCCUCAUUUACUGAGGGGUCAUCCAGCUCUAUCUCGUCAUCUGCAGCAUCUCCCUUUGCAUCCUCCUCCACACUCAAGGAGACCUCUGAGCCCCCCACUUCCCAUUCUUCAGAAGUUAAGCAAAUCAGUGACAACCUCCAACAACUUGCAGAGCCCCCUGGACCCCCAACUCAAGAAAUCGAAGAGUUCUACAUCUGAAUUUUUUCCUCAUUAUCACUCCAUACUCAGUGUUGUGUCUUGAAAAUUCUCGCUUACCCCGACCCCACUACGCGGCUGAGUUAUAAAUACUGAGAGUAUUUAUGUCGCAAUGUAUGAACUCCUUUGGAAAUGAAUUAUUUGCCCUGGUUUCUAAGAAAUUAGUAGCAUAUGUGAUAUAAUCAUUGCUUCUUAGCAGAGAGCUGCUCCUUUUCCAGAGGCAAUGGAGAAACAUUGGCAUUGUUAGACCAAUUAUGUAUCUUUAAAUUGCAAAAUAUCAUUUUAAAAAGAGAUUCAACUUACAGGCAUAAUUUAUUGCUUGCGUAACUCAAACACAUCUUUUUAUGACUUGAAAUAGAAAAAAAAAAUAAGCCAGCCUGUAUAAUUAAUGGUUUGAUAAUUCUUACAACUAUGAAGGCAAAAUAAUUAA